AACAUGGAUAAACUAGCCCCACUUCUAGUCGGCGCACAUGCAGGCUCUGCGAUAAUUGCCGGACACUACGCGGGAUUAUGGGCAACAUUACACGAGCACCCGGACAGAAAGUGGACCAUCCCCGAGCUGUGCGAUGCAGCAGAUUGCAAGGAGAGGUGGGUGAGGGAGUGGGUGGGUGUGCUAGCCUCAGCAGGCGUGCUAACACUUGAAGAAGGAAUGAUAGUGUCAUGUGACAGUGACGUGGCAACUACCCUUCUACCCUCCUCUGAAGUACUUCACUUCUUCACCUCUUUGGAGUUCACCAUGGAUAAAGAGCCGGAGAUAGGAGCGUGUUUUAAGAAGGGUGGUCCUCUUGGUGUGGGCUACAACCAGUAUCCUAACUUCCAGGACUGGAUGGCAGGCUGGAGUCACUGCAGGAAUGAGAAUCAGAACUUUCCGGAAGGUUACAUGAAGAUGGUGGGAGAUGGAGUCCAUGAGGCACUGGAGAAGGGUAUUAAAGUAUUGGAGCCAGGGUGUGGAAGAGGAAGACAUGCUAUGGGCGUGGCAAAGAGGUACCCGAACAGUUCCUUCACUUCUUUUGAUAUUGACGAGGAGGCCAUUGAGCUCAACAAGGUUGAAGCGGAGAAACUUGGAAUAGAAAAUAUCGACUUUGUCACAGGAGAUUUCUGCAACCUAAAACCGGAAUGGACCAACAAUUUUGACUACGUGAUGAUAUUCGACUGCAUGCACGAUCUACCCCACCCUGCCCUGGCAAUGAAGGGACUAAAAGGAGUACUGAAGGAUAACGGAAUAGUCACAAUGCUGGAUAUCGACACUUCAACUGACAUGGUAGCUCAGACAAAGAAGCCCAUCACAGCGGUUCUCUAUAACAUCUCCCUACACCACUGUAUGUCAGUUUCCUUGUCCAGUGGUGGAGUGGGUCUGGGGGCGUGUUGGGGCGUGGAGCUCGCUCAGCAGAUGUUAGGUGAGGCAGGGUGGGGGGAAGGUGAGAUUAGGGUUAUAACCAAGGAUAUUCCUAAUCAUGCAGUGUACGUCAUGACGAAAGGAAAAGGAUUAGAAGGAAACGGACUACAUUAAAGAUAUUGGGGCAAGAUACUUGAACUAUAUAUUAUGAACAAUGACAUUAUAUCAUAGUAUUACUAAAAUUCCGUGAUAUUUCGACUUUUCAUCUUUUAAGUUUUUAAAUUUGCGAUUUAUAUUUUACCAACUAGCUUAGUGAUGUUAGAGUGUUUUUAGUUUAUAAUUUUUAGUUGAUAUCUCAA